AUCCCACUUCCAUCCCGGAUUUCUCAAACUAAAACAAGGGGCAGGCUGGCAAAUGCACAACAACACCGGAUUGAGGAAAUUGACGAGGGCAGCCCAUGCAAAGCAAACUUGUUAAAAACAGAAAAGCAUGCAACCUGAUGUUCACUUCAUGGCAACCUGAGUAUACAUUGUGUAUUCAUGUCAGGUCUGUACUGUGACUGGAGCUUCAUUUACCAGAGCAAUUUUGAAUCGGACACAAGGGAGAACGACUAGUAGUUGUUGCAGACAUGCAGCUGUCGGGGUUUACGGUGUUUUUGGUGCUGCUGCUGAUGUGGGAGGUGGAUGCCUGGAGCGCAAAUGUCAAGUACGCAGUGGAUUGUCCCGACCGGUGCGAUGUUAAAGCUUGCACUGGAACCCAUCGCUGCAAGCGAACCGUGCUAGAUGAUUGCGGCUGCUGCCAGGUUUGUGCUGCGGCCAGAGGAGAACUGUGUUACCGCACUGUCUCAGGAAUGGACGGGGUGAAGUGCGGACCAGGGCUACGGUGCCACUUCUACAACGAAGAGGACGACUUCGGAGAUGAGUAUGGCAUUUGCAAAGACUGCCCCUAUGGGACACAUGGACUGGAAUGCAGGAAUACAUGUAACUGUAACACUGGGAUCUGUGACAGAGAAACUGGAAAAUGUCUGAAGCUCCUGUUUUUUUCAGUGCCGGUCUCCAAGCCAGCCAGCAGACUCAAAUUCAGAGCACAAACAGACAAUGAGAUGGGAUCAGGAGACCACAACAAUGAUCCAAAAGAGGAUUUGUUAAAGGAGAAAAAUGUGCGCUCUUCAGCAAUGAAAUGGUUAAACCCACGCUGACAUCUUUAACUUUGGAAUUAACUAAUUUAAUGAAUAAAUGUAGCAUCUUGGUCACUGAAAAGACAUGUUCUAUUUUAUUAUGUAUGCAGAUACAGGGCUGCCAAGACUGUACAGCUUUGGAAAAACUGGGACUCUUCUUUUUACUCAUUCAUCUCAGACUUUUGUUUUAUUUCUGGGUAUCUGAAAACAAAAGUUUCAUGUUGUAGUUUUUCUAAGUGUGAAGGUCUUAUUGUGAGGACUGUUUGAUAUAUUUUUUUCAAUGUUCAGUAGCCUUAAAUGUUUUAUUUAAGAAUAGUUCAUAUCUUUGACUUUUUCUGGCAAACUUUAUAGUUGCACCUUCUUUAAAAGCACAAAAUGGAGUUUAACUGUGAGUUGCCAAAAGCCGUGUGAACACAAUAAAUCACUUAUAACGAAGCAGAGUGUCCUGUGCUGCAUACUUUUAUAGAGAGAUGUUACUGUUCCUAUUCCCUCUUAAAUAACACCAGUAAAGAUCAUUUGGGAAUAUUUCUGUGUUAAUAAAUGUGACACAGCGAAAGUAGGAGGGCCCCUACUAAUCCAGCACCAAGUUUUGGUUAUUAAAAUUACCUUGUUGAAAAGCCUGCUCUGAAUUGACCAGCUCAGGGUGCAUAUUCAUAAAGCAUUUACCACUGUACUUAGAAAACCGACAAUCUAAUAGAACUGUAACAACUAGGGGCUAUAGGAGCUCUUAACUUACCUCCUGAAAUACUUAUUUUAAGCUUUAGUAAAAAAAAAAAAAAUGUAACAGGCAGUCUGUGGGAUUACUGAACGAGAGGUAUGUGACAUGCAGACAGACAGGGAACCUCCAGAUAUACCGCAAGAUUAUAUUGACAGGCCUUUGAGAGUAUACCUUGGAAUCUUUUUUUUUUUUCCUGCCGCUCUGUGACAUAAAUAAAAACAUAACUGUUAAAUAAUAAUAAUAAUAAUAAAAGUUCUUAAAUAUCUGUUUAUUUUACAUGUGCAGAGGCAAUUUUGGAAAAGAAGAUCAAAGUAUUAGAAUUAGAAUUAAUAAGGGAUCUAUGAAUGUCCAUUCCAUGACUAUUACACUGCUGUCAAAAUCCCCUAUAACAAAUUAUGUAAGAAGCUACAGGUAAGAGAAAUGAUUUGGACUGUAGACAGUUGGAUGCAUUUUGAUUAAUUAUGGUAAAUGUUACAAUGACCCUUGUUACAGCUAGCCCUGGUGUCCCCUAUUGGAAAGCAAAGAACCAAGAAAAAAGAGACAAGUGGUAUUGUUGCUCAUGUAAUAAGACGUACAGUAAGAAAACAUUUUAAAACCUUGGAAACUUUAACAAGCACUUAACAUCAUACAGCAAAUGUGUAAAGAAGCAGAUUGGAUACAAAGGACAUAAAGUUACAUUUGUAGCAUUUCAUAAGCAGUGCACACAGCAGCAUUGUGUUGUAAAAGUCCUGUUAUUGAAUAAACUGCACAUAAAGUCUUUGUUUUUUCUGAGAUUUACCCUGACGUGAUCCCUUUAUCGGAAAAGGACACAGGCUUGAGUGUACAAUCGUGUGUAUAUUUUUUGCAUAUUCUUUGAGACCGUCAUUUUGCUUAUGAUGUUCCAAUUGUAUGUAAUCCACACUUUGUUUAAAUUUCAUUGUAAAUAUUGUCUUUAAAAGGGAAUAAAAACAUCAUUCAUGGUUUAAAUGAGUCUUUGAUAACUCUUUCAAAAUUAUCUGAUACAUGGCAACUGUGCUUGUUUAAACCAGUACAGAGCCUUCAGUGUAAUAAUAUCUGCAGCAAAUCACACAAA